CUCCCACACAAGAAAGAAAGCAGUGCUUUUUCCUCUUCCUGGUCUCCGACUCUCUGCUGCCUUAUUUCUCUUCCAAUCUCGACUUCUGGCGUCGCGGCUUUUCUGAAAAUGGAUCAGUCCAUGCAGAAUGACCUGAAUGCCCCACACUCCAUGGGCACCACCAUCAUCGGCGUCACCUACAAUGGCGGCGUCGUCCUCGGUGCCGAUUCUCGAACCAGCACUGGUGUUUAUGUUGCGAAUCGGGCAUCCGAUAAGAUCACUCAGCUCACUGAUAAUGUCUACUUGUGCCGUUCCGGAUCGGCUGCAGAUUCUCAAGUUCUAUCAGAUUAUGUCCGUCAUUUUCUCCAUCAGCACACGAUACAGCAGGGACAGCCUGCAACAGUCAAGGUUGCCGCAAACCUUAUCAGGCUGUUCGCAUACAAUAACAAGAAUAUGCUACAAACUGGCUUGAUUAUUGGUGGUUGGGACAAGUACGAAGGAGGUAAAAUAUAUGGAGUGCCACUUGGAGGGACAAUUUUGGAGCAACCUUUUGCCAUUGGAGGAUCUGGCUCCACUUAUCUGUAUGGCUUCUUUGAUCAAGAGUGGAAGGAAGGAAUGACCAAAGAGGAAGCUGAGAGAUUGGUGGUGAAGGCAGUUUCUCUUGCUAUUGCUCGGGAUGGUGCUAGUGGUGGUGUUGUUCGGACUGUCAUUAUUAAUUCAGAGGGGGUGACAAGAAACUACUAUCCAGGUGACACCCUUCCACUCUGGCAUGAGGAGCUAGAACCCCAAAAUUCACUGCUGGAUAUAUUGUCAUCAUCUGGUCCUGACAUGAUGGUAACUUGAGGAUUUUCAUCUAUAAGACUAGGUAAUCCCCGGUGACACCAUGAAUGACACACUUUCUCUUAUCCUAGUUUUUGGCCGGGGGGCAUUUCAGUAUGUAUUUGGAAAGUUUUACUUUGCAGUUUCAUUACCAUCUCGUACAAUGAAAUGAUUUGAUAAGUAGCUUAUGAAGAGAAUAAGAUGGAUUCUCGAACUAUUGAAAUUAUUUGUGUGCCUUUCAAACUAGAAGAUGAUGCGCGGGUGCAUGGAUUCUUAACUGUUUGAUAAUUGAUCUUAAUUUUGAAACAA